AUGAACAGUGAAAAACAUUUCGAAGAUACCGGCAACGCGCUCGCGCCACGCAACAACGCCACUCAAGUUUUGCGUCACCGUUUUCCAGAGUUUUAUUCCCGUGCAGGCGCCUCGGCUUGUGCUCCCCGCCUUCCCCCGCGCCUCACGGCAGCCGGCGGGACCCGGCUCCGCUCCGGCGCGAUGCGAGCUCCCCCUCCCGAGACACCGCCGCCUCGCUGCUCCCUGCCGAGCCCCGGUGCAGCCCAGGCCCCUCGCCCGGGCGCAGCUCCUCGCUCUCAGGGGGGCCACGGCGGGCUGCGGGGACGCGGGGGAGAGCUGGGCAGCGCGCUGGCUCCCAUGCCGGGACGGGCGCUGAGCUCCUGCCGAGCGCGUGGCCCGGCCCGGGGCGGUGGUGAAGCUGCGACUCGAUAUAGCCUUCCCCCACCCCGGAGCGCUGUGCGCUCCCGGGGCGGGGGAAAGGAGGGAGCCGGGCAGCGCUGGGCGGUGGCACCGCAUGCGCAGGAGGCCAGGUGUCGGCUUGAGAGGCGCCGGGAGCAUCGCGGGCAGCCCGCCGUCCUCAUGGUGCUGUGUCAGGGCGGUGAGGCCGCCGCCGCCGCUCCGGCAGCGGGCGGGAAGGAGGCGGCGGUGCCGCUGAGCCGGGAGGACGGUGCGGGUACGGGACAACCUUGCCCAUGCCCAGCGCCCGGCACGGAGGCGACGGGCGCCGAAGAGCGCCGCGUUUGUGGCUGCUGCUCGGGCUCGUCCUGGCCGUGCUGCUACAAGGCACCCGGAGCAAAGAAGAAAGCUGAGUGUCCAGGACUUGGUCUGUUUUAUACUGUACUGGCUGCCUUCCUUUUCUCAGUGGCCUCUUUAUUUCUUAAAAAAAUAGAAGAUGUACAUUCAGUGGAAGUGAGUGCAAUUCGAUGUGUUUUGCAAAUGGCAUUUGUUCUUCCUGGUUUAAUAUACUACAAAACAGGAUUUUUGGGACCAAAGGGUAAAAGAAUGUUUCUUUUCUUCCGAGGAUUCCUUGGCUCCUGCGCAAUGGUUCUUCUCUACUAUGCUUUCCAAGUCAUGCCACUGGCUGAUGCCACUGUUAUAACUUUUACUGGUCCUGUUUUUACAUCAUUGCUGGCAUGGAUCUUUCUCAAAGAGAAAUACAGUGCUUGGGAUCUUCUAUUUACCCUCUUUGCAAUCACUGGAGUGGUUCUGAUUGCCAGACCACCGUUUCUGUUUGGGUCACACGUCACUGGGAUUGAGGGAAGUUACACAGAUCACAUUAAAGGGACUAUAGCAGCAAUUGCAAGCACAGUAUCUGUAGCUUCAACUAUUGUUAUAAUAAGGAAAGUGGGAAAAUCUGUGCAUUAUUUUUUGUCAAUUUGGUAUUAUGCAGUCAUUGGUUUAAUUGGAUGUGUUAUAGCACUGUUUGUUAUGAAUGAAUGGCGUUUACCAUAUUGUGGCAAAGACAGGGUUCUUCUUAUAUCAAUAGGCUUGUUAGGGUUAGGGGGUCAGAUAUUACUCACAAAAGCAUUGCAGAUAGAGAAAGCUGGACCUGUAGCCAUGAUGAGAACAAUGGAUGUGGUGUUUGCUUUUAUUUUACAAAUUAUUUUUCUCAAUCAUAUACCGACAUGGUGGACUGUGGGUGGUGCCCUUUGUGUAGUAGCAAGUAGUUGUGGAACUGCCAUUCGCAAGUGGCGACAAAGCCUGAAAAAAGCCAAGCAAAAUGAAAUCUAAGGACACAGACACUAAUUCCUUGCAGAUAAAACUGAUCUUGAGAUAUACAUAAAAUAUUUAUUUUUUAUUUAUUUUAUCUCAUUUACCAAAUUGUAGUACCAAGUUAUAGCCAAUAAAGUAAGUUGAUUUAUAAAAAGAACCCCAAAUUGAAUAUGUUUUGAGAACUGAUUAGGUAUAUGCUUUUUUUCUUAUAUUUAGGCAUGCAAAUAGGAGAAGUAGAGAUAUAUUUAAAAGUUGCUUGUUUUCCUGUCAAAAGUGGACAACCUAAAAUUCCUGAUUCUCUACUUCUUAGACCUGUUCUUCAUUCUUCUGAACAGUGGGAAUGGGUCUGCUAGGCUUAUUUAACACUAUUCUGUGCUUAAUUACCAGAGUGAUUGCAGUACAAAAGUUAGAAAAGAAUGAAGAUCUUAUCAACAUUCAACUUCUAUAGAAUAGAUAAAACUUGCAGACUACAAGACUUUUUUUUUUCUCCAAAACAGAUGCCAAAUGGGGAUUUAUUUUUAAUUUGGAUUCUAAAAGAACAAAGGCUGUUUCAUCUUUCCAAAUUAUAUGAACAGAGGAUUAACUUGUGAAAGAUAUCUAUUGGCUUUAUGUCCUCUUAAAAAGAAUUUAAAACGUUUGUACCCACUUUACAGACAUAAUGAAAUAACUUAAUCCCUUUUUUUUUUUAAUGUGGGGUUUUUUUUUCCCAAUCAACAUAUCUUUUGGUGCUGCAAUCUCAGUGAUGAGACACAAGAGUUAAUUGUAUACCACUCAUAAAUUAGCCAUUUCUUGUGGUAUGGAAUGUUAUGCUGUAGCUGCACUUUCCUUUAUUCUAUGCAAAAUAUUAUAUUUUUUUAGGUAUUUAAUAGAGGUUAUUUUAAAUGCUACUUAUGAUCCAUCUGUUGAGAUUCUUUUGUAAAAGAAUUCUUUAUGAGACCAAGUUUAAGUUUUGACCGUCAUAAAGCUGGGCAAAUGCUUUACUGUAAAUCUUCCUAUUUACUAAGAAUUUACAGAAGUACAGAGUAAUUGCAAUUUCACAGUAAAUGCUGGUUGGUCAAGGAAUAGCAGAGAUUCUACAGAACAAGUAGGGAGGGUGAAGCUAUAUGUACAUAUCUCAUGACGUGCUGGCAUCCACACUACAUCACGCAGUGCUAGUGGGCAGUUUCAGCCUCAUUUCUACAGCUGGCCUUUUCAAAUCUGCACUUAGUCACCUCUCAUACACAUCCUCUCACUUUUAUAGGCUCUAUCUUGAUAGCAACAAGGCUUGGGUUAUUGAUUUUAAUAUCUUUCCUGUUUGAGGAGCACUAUAUGUUUAGUAUUGGGCAGGGGGAUUUUCCCGAAUGGAGUCGUGUGUAUUUUUAGGUCUAGUCUCAGAAGUGGUUAAAGAAAAUUUUGACUUGAAUCUUUAUUUGAUUUGUCGUAUCAUGAGGUGGUUUUCAGUUAUUUACUCACUAUAGUGUUUUUUCUAAAGGAGUCUACAGCAUUCUGUGGACUCCGUAUGUGUGGGGGGAUUUUUCCAAAUCACUAAAGAUUGUGUAUGUUUUACUAUUUUGAUUUACAGAUUUCUAGUCACGUAUAUUUUCUUUUGCCAAUAAGCAUUGCAUUAUGGCAGGUCAGAUUUAGGGACUUGAGUCCCAAAGGACUGGAAUGUAUAUACUACUUUGGGAUGCAUCUGGAUGUGAAGAGCCAUGUUUGUGCAAGAUUCUGUACAUUCAGCACUCUGAAUGCAUACACAUUUAUGGACACAAGCAGAUUUCACCGGAGUGGUAAAUCAGACCCUGCUUAUAGUUGUCCAUUCUCUGCUUUUCCUGAAGGCUGAAGUUCAGCUGCUGCUGACAAAGUCAGGAGUAGUAUGAAACUGCUUUCACAUAUCUUUACAGCCUGAUAUAAUAAUAAAAUCCCAGUUUGACACUCAUUUUGCUUAAUACUUGAAAUUGUAAACUGGAAUUGUUUGUUCUUCUGUUCAGCCAUCAUUGCCAUUGAGCAACAGCUUUCAGGGCAUGGAAGAAAAAUAGAAUGCAUUUUUUACUUCAUGCUCAAUAUGCACACAUCUGAAUUAACUUGCAAAGGUGUGGUUCCAAAGCAGUUCAUACUGAUGUAAAUUUGGAAUGUCAGCUAGUCCUGCUCCCUCCCAUUGGCUUAGUGGUCAUGCUUAUAUGGUUGUGUGGUGAGCUUGCCCUGGGAGCUGAUCCAGCAGUGUAACUCUUUUAGUAAGGUUGUUGGAAAAGGCAAAACCAAAGUAGCCUGAACUUGAUGACAGCAUGAAAACAUUAGGAAGGGGAAUUAGAUAAUAGUUUAAAUUACAGUAUAUGAGUGCUGUUUUGUCAGUAUAGAGUAAAAAUAAUGUGGAGGUUUAUAUCGAAAGAUCUGUAGAUGAAAUUAUUUCAGUGAACAGACCACUGAAGAAUGGACUGUCUUCUUGCCCUUAAGUGUAGAAAAUAAGCUGACCUGAAACCAACAACUUGAAACAGUGAUUGGUAAUUUUUAUCUCAUGUUCUUGCAGAAACUCCUUUGAUAUAUUUCCAUACCUGUAGUGCCAAAACUCCCAGAUGGUUGUUUUUUUCUUUCUGAGAACCUAUAGGGUUUUGUUAUGGCUCUGUCUACUUCUUUUGCUGUUCCUAAACCUUCCUAAAUACUUAAGUUGCUAAUAACCUAAACAAGAUCCUAUGUUUGACAACAUUGUAUUUUUUGGAACACUAUUUUGAUUUUGAUCCAUCUGUUAGAGAAUUGUUUACCUGUGGUGAGAAAGAAGGACUCUGACUACGGCUUCUCUAGUCCUAAAGCAUGACAAGCUAGCUUCUGUAACUAGCUUUUCUAGAUGAUUUUGAGAAUGGAAGACUUUUAAGCUUUAAGUUUUUUCAACCACCUCAAUUGUAAAAGGAAUUUCUUCCUCCAAUAUAGACUUGGAAGCCUUAAAGAUAAUGAAAUCUUACUGAAGUAUGGAUACCCUAAAAUGUUGUUAGGGUUUUUUUUUGUAAUUGAAAAUAUUUCUUAGAGUUCCUGUUAAGAUGGUCAAACUUCUUUCUUCUAGAGCUUAAGAGUUUGAGAUUCUGAAAUGAAACUGGCUGAGCCUUGAUUCUUUCAGAUUCUGUUUUUUCCUUUCCUUUUUUUCCCUUCUCCUUGAACAGUUUUUUACUGUCAAAAUAUUUUUUAGCUUAAACUUCAAUACAGCAAGUUUCUCAGGGUCAAAUGCUAUUUUUUCUGAGCUUUGAGUCGAAUGUGUUAUUGAUGUUCAUCACGUGUAGGGUUUUUGUGAUAUUUACAGUGGGUUUAAGUUCUAUAAAUGUAAGUUUCUAAUAGGAAGUUCAUCCUUUGUAAUAUGGUGGACUAUUGUUGCAUUGUAAUUGCUGUACUAUAAAGUUAAGUGUCUCUUGAAUUUCAACAUGUUAAUUCAAUGUACCGAUUUUGGUGGAUCUUGAAUAGAAAGAGAAAUAAUUGGUUGUUUUGCACAUAAACACAGGGUAAAAAGGUAUAGUUGGUACUGAUGCAUCACAAAUGUGUUUCUUAUGUUCUUUACUAUGCAAAACACUAAUCAUCUGUUGUCAUCAGUGGGACUUCUAUCACCUUAAAGCCUUAUGUACCCAACUCUUCUACAGAAAGUUGAUGCCUGAAAAAGCUAUAUACUGUCACUGUGCAGCAGACAAUUUCUUUCAGGUUAAGUUGGUUGUCAAAGUAUGUUCUAAAAGCUCUCUAAAUGCAUCUACACUAAGAAUUUGACAAUUGCAGUCUACAAGAUAAAAGUGGAUUUCCUGUAUUUGUCUUAACACCAGGCAUGAAGUAACCUCAGUAUAACAGCACUGGUGAAAUAACUAGUUUCAUGUAUAAUUUUUCUUCUGAAACCUGAAACUAGGCUCUUUCCCAGUUCCAAAAACUGUUCCAAGAUAGCUUUUCCUGUCAGUUGAUAAUGGCAAGAUGGGUAAUACAACCUUGAUCAUCAUUUAGUAUAAACACUUGCCCCUUGCAGUAUUUUCUUUAUUUUGUUGAAGAGCUGCCUGUUGGAAGAAAGGUUAUUUCUUGAGAGGCAGCCUCUUGAAAAGUUGUGUCCUUGAUAACUAGCAGUAGUUAACCAGAAAGAAUCUAUUUUCUAAUUCUCUAACUGUGGUAGGCUCAUCUGUGGCAUCAGUCCCACAAGGGUAGUAGAAACAUGAUCUCUGUUCCUGCUUGGAUUCAGAGUUGGCAAUACUGACAGCAGUUGUGCAACACUGGCUUCAGCAGGAUGUUAAAAUUACCAACAGAAUGGUCAUAAUUGCCUGUCCAUCCAAAGAAAAGUUGUGGCUUUACGUUCCUGCAGAUGCAGGUUAACUUCAGGGUAGAAGAUACAUAGACUUCUAUGGUGAUAACAUUUCUGUCUAUCAGAAUGAGUAAUUUCUUAUGUUAUGUGAGUUACUGUUUGACAAAAAAAGGGGGUGAAAAUACCUCCAUCAUUAAUUAAAGGAUUUUUACUGUGUCAUAUAUAUUGUUAAAUGAAUGUUCAAUAAUAUGCUUUGUAGAAGUUACUGGCUUUGUAAU